GCCGACUGUAAAAUUUACUUCCGGUUAAAUUGGCUGGAAUUUUGACAACAAAUUCCGCCUCAAAAUCAUCUUUAUUUGUGGCCUUGUCUCGAACCUUCCUGAUGUACCGUGAUUGCUGCCCCCAUGCCUGUACCUGAGCACGCCAACAUGAGCCAAUCACCGCCAGCGACCGGACACGACCACCCGAACCUGAUACGCAAGUUAAGCGCGUCGAAGAAACCACUUAAAGAGAAAGUGGUCCUGUUUUAUGAUGCGUUGUUUAAGGGAGAGGAUCCGUCAGUUGGUAACCCAAACUUCUGGGACGAGUUCUUCCUCCUCCGUGUUAAUGCCCAGUUCAUCGAGAAAGAGUUCGAUGGCUUGGAUGGCGACCAGCUUAUGAACUUAAAGGAAAUUAUCAACACGUUGUUCUACAAAUGUGUGAAAACGCUACAAUCCGAGAACCACAUUCGAACGGCUAACGCCAUUCAGACACUGAUGGGCCUCAUCCGCGGCAUGUUUAAGAAAUCAUUGCCGACAGGAAACUACGGGUUUGACGUCAUCAAUAUAUUGGUGGGAUUCGACUGUGCUGAGGCGCGAAUGCAGAACUUAGUGGAGUGUCUACAUAACUUUCUGACUGGUGAGUACCCAGCCAUCCUGAAAAACCUCUCGCUGAAGUUGCUCCUAUCCCUUGUGACGGCCACGGACAAUGUCAGUCAGAAUACCAUGUUGGAGUACAUCAUGAUAAACAGUGUAUUUGAAGCUAUUGUUCAGUUACUCGCGAGCCCAAUCGGGAGACAGACGCAUGGACAUGAUGCCGUCUUAUUGCUCACCAUUCUAGUGCAGUAUAGGAAAUACGAGUCUGCCAACCCGUAUAUAGUCAAGUUAUCAAUAUUAGACGACGAAUUAGCUUUAAAUGGAUUUGCUCAAGUGGUUUCCGGUGCUCUGACCGAAUUCAAUCGUCUCUACCACAUCAAGAACUCGGAACCGCAGGGCGGGUUCUUCUCAGCGAUCACAAGCAUGUUUUAUGUGAUGUUUAUUCCUUUGACUGUGGAGGACGAACCAGUUGGAAGUAUGUUUGUGGGUGAAGAGAGUUCAGUCGAGGCUGUGAAGGCGAAUGAUUCCAUAUUACUGGCACUUUAUGAAGCUGUCCACCUCAACAGGAACUUCAUCACAACUUUAACGCACUCACACACACCAUCCACACCAGCCACGCCCCCGUUGUCACCAACGUUACCCAAGCCGCCAACCCCGGAUGGAUCCAGUGGCGCGAACCCACCAACAUUCGACCCGAACAUCGUCACAGAACCAGCUAGUCAACCCACAAACCUUCUCGUCACUUUCAUUGAGUAUACGUCUAUAGUCAUGCAGGACACGAAAGACACAACAAGAUUUAAGAAUGCCAAACUCUGUUUAAUCAUACUGACGUGUAUAACAGAGGACCAGUACGCCAACAGCCUGAUGCAUGAUGUCAACAUGAACUUCCGUGUGCCAAUUCAUAAAUUGCCAAUGAGACAUAGAAAAGUAAAAGUGGAUGUGCGACCUCCUUCCAGACCUCUGGCGUGUGCUCUAUUAGAUUUAAUGGUAGAAUUUGUGAUGAGCCACAUGAUGAAAAAUUUGCCAAUGGAAUUGUAUAUGCAGGUGCUAGGAGUCGCCCAUCGCGUGUUGUGUUACCAGAAGCGGUGUCGAGUUCGGCUGCAGUACGGUUGGAAGGAGCUCUGGACUGUCCUCAUCAACCUCCUAAAGUUCCUCAUGUCCAAUGAGUCGCAUAUUAUGAAGAAACAUAAUCUAUUCCCUCUAGCGAUACAGGUUGUGAAUAUUUUCAAUUUGUUCAUCACGUACGGCGACACGUUCCUGCCCAGUCCAAGCAGUUACGACGAACUCUACUACGAAAUCAUACGAAUGCAUCAAGUAUUCGAUAACCUGUACUCGAUGGCUUUGCGCUACACCACGAUUGACGGAGAAUGGAAGGACUCGGCGGCCAAGCUAACCAAUUACUUAGGAAAUGUUAGGGCAAUCAUCAACCACUUCACCCCCAAGGUGGACUCUUAUUCCUCCCAGCACCAGCUCUCCUCACUCACUGAGGAACAAGUUCUUGAGGUCGUACGCGGCAACUAUGAUACACUCACGCUAAAACUGCAGGAGAACCUAGAUCAGUUUGAGCGUUAUUCAGAAAAACCAAAGGAAACUGCCUUCUUUACUCAGUUAGUUCGCUCAAUCAUCUCUGAUGUGAGAAAAACGACAGACGUCACCAGCGCAGAGCAGCAGAGCAUUCUGAGAGAAUUUGGGACGAUAUCCUGAUAACCUGAUGAUGUGAUAUAAGGAAAUUGAGACCAAUAGAAGAUCGCCGCUUGAAUUUCUUGCACAUAAGCUCAUCUUUUGAAAUGUGGCUCUGAAUUGCGGCGCUGUCUGCCGAAAACAGACCUGUGUGUUGUGUAGAUCGAGCUUAAAAAGCGCUGCGCAAAGAUAACCGUUUAUGACGUAACAAUGUCACUGCCAACGUACGGGGGGCCGUGUCAGAGGUCGAUUGCAUCACAAAUAUUAUCCUUGCACAGCGCUGCUGGGGAACUUGGUUUGUCUCUUGAAGAAAGGCGAGAUCUCAGGAUUCUCCAAUUCCUUGUGAUUUUUUGGGUAUAUUUUUAAAAUAAUGUAUAAAAAGUAUUUAUGUUAAAGUCGUGUACAUUCUCAAAAGCCUGCUUCCCUUAGAAAUAGAAUUUCGAAAUGGUUUGGUCCAAAAUGGUUGCACUCGCUGGUUAGUGAGGUCAUUAAAAUGUCUGGUCAUGCAUUAGUGACGUCACUAAAAAUGUCUGAUCAUGCAUUAAUGAGGUCACUAAAAAUGUCUGAUCAUGCAUUAGUGAGGUCCUUAAAAUGUCGGAUCAUGCAUUAGUGAGGUCACUAAAAUUUAGUCUGGAAUUAUGGUCUAGUGAGGUCACUAGUAUGUGCUAAUACUAUAAAAUCAUAUAAUAAGUACAACAAUCAUUGUACAUUAUUUGUUUAUACAGUUGCAGUAUGAUGUUAUGGUUGUUUAUACAGUCACAUGAUGAUGUUGUGGUUGUUUAUACAGUCACAAUGUGACAUUGUGGUUGUUUAUACAGUCACAAUGUGACGUUGUGGUUGUUUAUACAGUCACAUGAUGUUGUGAUUGUUUAUACAGUCACAGUAUGAUGAUAUGGUGGUUUAUACAGUCACAAUAUAACAGUAAAAAAUGAACUGGUGUAAGCAUGCAAUAGAAUGUUUGUUUAUACAGUUAUGGUGUAAUAUACAGUCACAGUAGAACGGUCAAAAAUGUGUAUGCAGACAGCAUAUUGUUGCGUUUGUUUACGCAAUUGCAUCAAGAUGAUGUUGUCGUUUUUUCAGUCACAGUGUAACAGAAUGAAAUGUACUUGUUCGUAGACUCACAGUGUAAGCAUGAAAUCAUACUGUCAAGGUAUAAUGUUGUGUUAAUUGAUUCACAGUUACAGUUCGAUGAUGAUUUGUUUGUUUAUACAGUCAUUGUGUAAUGUAGAGUCACAGUAUAAGUACAUGUAUGAUUAUGCAGUCACAGUAUGAUUAUGUGGUUUAUGCAGUGACGUUGUAAUAUGCAGUCACACUCACAGCAUGGCGGUGUAAAAAUUUACUUGUUUGUCUAUAGAGUCCGAGUGUAACAAUGCUUAUACUGUCACAGUAUAAUGUUGUGGUUGUUAACAGUCACAGUAUUUGAAAGUACUUGUUUAUACAGUCACAAUGUGACGUUGCGGUUGUUUAUACAGUCACAUGAUGUUGUGGUUGUUUAUACAGUCACAUGACGCGGUGAUUGUUUAUACAGUCACAUGACGUUGUGGUUGUUUAUACAGUCACAUGACGCUGUGGUUGUUUAUACAGUCACAUGACGUUGUGGUUGUUUAAAUAGUCGCAGUAUUUGAAAGUACUUGUUUAUACAGUCUAGAAAGUUAGAGUAUUACGGUAUAAAAUGUACUCAUUUAUACAGUCACAGUGUAAGCAUGCGUGAACUGUCACAGUAUAAUGUUCAGCCCAAGUGCUGUGGUCUUAGAACCUGGAGAGUUGGGGUCCUCCUCCAGAUGAAUUUGAAAACUUCUGUGCCAAAUGAGCGUUUUCCAGGAAUCUGAGGGUUAAAAGUUGAAUUGAUCUUUGGAUUCUUUGGGAGAGGCGUCCAAAAAAAUCUGUGCUCUUUAACACCCUCUUUAUACUCGUUAUGGAUACAGUCAUGGUGAAUUGCUUAAACAGCACAGAAGAUGAGGACUUAUUUUACAGUCACGUUAUACUUACAUGUAAUAAUUAGACGGAAAUCAUGACACUCUGUAUCACACUGUACAUAAAACAUUCACAUUGACAACAGGCACCACCGGGUGCACUGCAUUGCAGUGAAGGGACAGAAAAGAACAAAGUUACGAUCUGUGAACGAAUUGAGAAUGCCUUCAAUUUAGUUGGCGGUGUUACCCUCUGGGUGAUGUUCAACUUACAUGCACAGUGGAACCUCCCGCUCUAUUAAGGACAACCUCUCUGUUAAGGACACUAGUUUUGGUCCCAAAUUGGUUGUUUCCAUUCAAUUUGACCUCUCUAAUCUGGACACCUCUCUAUUAAGGACAGCACUUGUCAGUCUCGAGGGUGUCCUUAAUAGAGAGGUUCGACUGUACGUUCAAUGAUAUAAACAGUUGCAGAUGAAUGGUGUAUAUAUACAGCUCUCGUCUUUUCAGUACUAAAUAUGUGACCCACCAUGGCAAAAUGAGUCGCAUGUCGCUCCGAGCUUGACAGGUUGAGACGGACUGGUUGUUUAUUUCACAAUUGUCUGCCUUUUGUGAAAUCUGAGUAUAUCAAUUUCUUCUAUUAUGUCCCGGUGUCAUUUUGCCGUGGUUGGUCACAUAUUGUAUGUUAGGACUUGUGACGGAAUAACUGUAUAAAGUACAAAAGAUAUCAGAAUUUCAAAUUGUUUGGACAGUUGUGCUGGUUCCAAUGUCAUUGUCCUCAAUUAGUGAUUCUGUUGUAUUGUGCGUGAAUGCAGUCAUCAUGUAAUUAUUUGAAUAAUAAAUUAUGGUAUGCUCAAAA